AAAUCUGCAUCGGUCAUUGAUUUCUCUCCCUCUUCCGGUAUUUAGAUAAUUCUUCCUCGGCCUCCUUUCUGCUUCUUUACAUCCCUACUUCACUUCUUUACUUACUAUCUACUCAUUGCGGAGAUGACAUCCAACAUUGUGAUCAUAGGUGCUUCGUAUUCCGGCCUCCCGGCCGCACACUACCUCCUCAAGCACGCUCCAGAGUCCUGGACAAUCACUCUGAUCAACCCUUCGACAAACUUCUACUUCAACCCCGCCUCCCCGCGCGCAUUGGUCGAACAGUCCAUCCUCGGAAAGAAGAAUGGAGACCUGUUCAUCCCCUUCCUGCCCAAGUUCGAAAAGCACGGCUCAAGAUUUGCAUUCCUCCACGGGAAAGCCUCGGCGGUGGAUACCCGUAGCAGGACCGUUACUGUCGCCCUACAUGGGGGGAAGGGCGAGACAAGCGUUACAUAUGACCACCUCAUCGUUGCCAGCGGAGCGAAUACGUCUGGCGGCGCCGGGAAAGAAUGGGGCUUCAAACAUGACCUUGAAGGCAACACAGAGGAGGUCGUAUCCAAUACCCGCGCUGCCAUCAGGGCCGCGAAGAAGAUUGUUGUAUCAGGAGCCGGAGCAACGGGAGUGGAGUUUGCCGGGGAGAUCAAGGACUUUUAUGGUGCGGAUAAGGAAGUUGUGAUAGUAUCCUCCAGCGAGGAACUCCUGUCGCAGGUACCCCGACCGGACGUGGGCGCAUCCGCGAGGAAGAUCCUUGUGAAGAUCGGCGUGAAGGUCAAGACAGGUGUUAGAGUGGUCGAGGAACGCCCCUCAGCGAAGGGUGUCGAGGGCAUCGUCGAGCUGGUCCUCAGCAAUGGCGAGGUCCUCCCUGCAGAUCUGCACAUUGCCACGUGGGGAAUCUACCCGAAUACGUCCUUCCUGGCAAAAGAGCUCCUCGAUAGUGCCGGGUGGGUCAAGAUGGAUCAAUACAUGCGUGUCGAAGGCACUCAGAAUGUCUGGGCUAUCGGUGAUGUCACACACUGGGGGAACAGGAAGCUCACCACGGUGGACGGGCAAUGGACUGUUGCUAUGCAGAAUAUAAUUUCUUCGAUUAAUGGCGCCGGGGUGGAAGUGUUCAAGAAGUAUGUCCACGACGAUGGGCUCAUGAUAAUCGUCCCCAUGGGGAGGAGGUUCGCCAAUGCGGUUGCCUUCGUCAAGGGGUGGAAGUUGUGGGGGGCUCUUGGGUGGUUGUUUAAAGGGAGGACUUAUAUGAUUGAGUAUGCGCGACCGGUUGCUGAGGGUGUUACCACGUCUGGAAGGAUCAAGAUUUGAUUUUGCUACUUUGUUCCCUUUUCACUUUUUUCCCGUGUCUCACGAUGGUGGCCGUAAUUUCUUUGUGAACCCUGUUCCUUCCUCCUCUUUCUUCUUUUUUCUUUUCAUGAUAGCGAUUUUGAUGGAUGGAUGGAUUAAUGCUGUAAUUGGAUAUCUCGUUAUGCCUGCUUGCUUUUUUCAACAAGUAGUUAGACACCUUAAUGCUAUUGGAUUGGUAUUCUAUU